AUGCUCUUGAAAAAGGGAAUUUUUAUAGAUCAUUAGUGUAAACCAGAUGAUUUUUUUAGAUGUAAAAUAUGCGGGAAAUUAUUAAAAUGGGUAUAUUAUGGUAAUGUUCGGAUAUAUGAACCUUAUUAAAUAAUUUAUUAUGAUUUUUCUUAUAUAGUUAAUGAAGAAAAACAAGAUAAUGAUAUAAUGAAUAGAAACUUUACUGAAAUAAAAUAUUUAAUUAAAUAAAGAGAAUUUGCUCUAUAUAUGUUAAAUAGAGAGUAAGGAUAUGGAUUUUUAGACUUUUUUCAUUAAAAAAAAUAAUAAAUAUCAAGGAAUUUACAAAAUUUGUGUAUAACAGGAGAUGAAAUAUGUAAGGAAUUAGAAUUUUACUCAGAUUUUGAAAAUGGAAAUAUGAAUAGUGUAAUAAUAAAUAAAAAUUUAAAGAAAGCAAAAAUAAUAUUAAAAUCAGAUACUAAUAGUUUAGGAUUCACACAAUGGUUUUAUUUUGGUGUAAAAUUUUGGGGGGAAUAAAAUUCUAUAGUUAAUUUCGAAAUUUUAAAUUCCAGAAAAAAUAAGAAUCUAUUUUAAAUUGGAAUGCCUAUUUAUAUUGGUUCUAUUGUUUAAAAUGAUUAAGAUAACCAAUAAUUAAUUUGGGAAAAAAGUAAUGUAAAACUUUAAUAUAAAAAGUCUUAAUUUCAUAGGAAAAACGAAUAAUAAACUGAUUAUUUUUAUAGUUUAAAUUUUGAUUUUUAAUUUUAAAAAUAAGGUGAAAGAGUUUUAUUUUCAUACCAUAAGCCUUAUACAUUUACUGAUUUAGUUUCUUUUUUAGAAAAUAAAGAAUAAUAUUUAAGAAAAUAGUAAAAUAUAACUGAAGAAUUUAACCUAAAAACGCGAUCUUUAACAAUACAGAGUGAAAGUAUUUUCUAUAAAAAAGAAAUAAUAGGUGGUUCAAGACUCGGAUUAUCAAUUUUUGGAAUUGAAAUAAGUUCUUCCAAGAAAAAGAAGGAGAGUUUAGACUAUGAAAAAAGAAAAAUAAUAGUUUUUUAAGGCCGUUAACAUCCCAGUGAAAGUCCUUCUUCAUUAAUAAUAUAAGGAAUAAUCGAUUUUUUACUAAAUAUGGAAGAUUAGAUUAGUAAUAAAUUAAAAGAUUUAUUUAUAUUCAAAAUUUUCCCCAUGAUAAACCCUGAUGGCGUUUUUGUAGGAAAUUCAAGGACAAAUAUUAGCGGAUUUGACUUAAAUAAGCAAUGGGAAGAUACAAGUGAAACUUUAUAACCAGAAAUUUAUUUUCUUAAAGAAUAUUUUAGAUAAAUAAAAAAAUAAGAAAUUUUUGCUUUUCUAGAUAUACAUAGUUCAGCUAGUAACAAAAAUGCGUUUGCUUUCGGAUGUGAAAAUUAGGAAAUAAACUCGAAUUUUUAAUGGGUAAGUAAUAGGGUAUUAAUGAAAAUAAUGCAUGAAUCAAUGCCUUAUUUUAACUAUUUUUAAUGUAAAUUUUCGGUUAAAAAUUAAGAGUGUGCUAGAGUGUAUUUUUGGAAGAAAUUAAAAGCAAUAUUUUCAUUUAAUUUCGAUGUUAGUUUUUCGGGUUUGAAAAAAAUUAGUAUUUUUAAUUAAAUGAGGCAAAGAAAUUAGAAAAAAAUAAACUUAUUUCUUAAUUGGAAAAUGAAGUCAUUGAUUAUGAUGAGUUUAUGGAAUUAAAAGAUUAAAUUUUUAAAUAAAUUGAUGAUGAAAAUAAUAAUUAAAUAUUAUCUGAUAAUACUAAAAAGGAAAAUAAUGAUAAUGAUAAUGAUUAAUCACUAGAAGAUGAAGAAGAAGACGAAAAUGAAAGUACUUUUUUUUAAUAUAAAGAAAACGAAAACAUUAAUAAUUAAAAAACAGAAAACUAAAAUAUUAUAAUAUAAAAAAAUGAUAAUAAUGAAAAUAUUUGUAUUUAAAAAAUAGAAAAUGUAAACAUAGAUAUUUAAAAUAAUAAUAAAAAUGAAAAUAUUAUAAAUUAAAAUAAUUAAUACUAAAAAAAUAAAAACGAAUAGAAUAUAAUAUAGUUUGAUGAUAAAUAAUAUAUAUAAAUGGGAUAAGACAUAUGCUUUAAUUUAUUAAAAUUUAGUUUAAUGUAUUCUUCUAUGUAAGAAGAAAUAUUAAAUAAUAAAACAAAAGAUUUAAUUUUAAACUAAGAAAUAUAAAAUAUAGAAACAAAAAAAAACUUAAAAAAUUUAAUUAAAAAAAAUUCUUCUUUUUUUUCUUCUUAAAAAUCGCUUUCAAGAAAAAACUCUUUUAGAAGAAAAAGAAUUAGAAUAUGACACUGAUUCUUAACCUGAAGAUGAUCUUUUAUAUGAAAAUAGAUCAAUCAAAUUAAAAUAAGAAAAUAUGAUUGAAGAAUUAACUGACGAAAAUAUACAAUAAAGAUAACUUUUAUAUUAAUAAAUUUAACAAAAGUUUAAAUCUGAUAAAUAUUAAGAAUUUUUAGAUGUUCUUACACAAAACGAAUUGAAUUUAUUACUUUAAGGAAAAUUAACAAUCGACGAAUUCGGCAAUAUUACAAGAAAAAAAAAUAAUGAUGAUAACGAUUAUUGA